GCUCGCGGCGGGACGAGCUGCUGCCGCCGGCCCGUGGCGCGCGUCUGGCUGAGCGGGGUGGGCGCGUCGGGACCACCCAGCGAUGUUGUCGCCGCCGCCGCCUCUGUAGAGAAGCGCCCGAGCCCGCAGCGGAGAAAGGCUGAAGAAAGCUCAGUCUCAAUUGUGUUUCCUGCCUGUCAGCCUCUUGCCUCCCAAACGCAUACCAUUUCCACUUGAUGUCAUCACGCAGAAGGGGGUGAAAGAGACUCGGUGACAGAUUCAGAAAUGAACACACCUGUGAGUACUGGAUGCCUGUGAGCUCCCCAUCACCGGCACUGCAAAGUCGCAGAGUGGCAGCCUCUGAGAAGCAGCUCCUUCCCCUUCACCUUGGUCUUGCCCUUCCUGCUCAAGGUCUACCAUGGAGACGGUGUCCCAGGACUCCCUGCUGGAAUGUCAGAUCUGUUUCAAUUACUACAGCCCCCGGCGCAGGCCCAAGUUGCUGGAUUGCAAGCACACUUGCUGUUCAGUGUGCCUCCAGCAGAUGAGGACCAGCCAGAAGGACGUACGGUGCCCUUGGUGCCGUGGUGUCACCAAGCUGCCCCCCGGCUUUUCUGUGUCACAGCUCCCCGAUGACCCGGAGGUCCUGGCUGUCAUUGCCAUUCCACACACUUCCGAACACACCCCGGUCUUCAUCAAACUUCCCAGCAAUGGGUGCUACAUGCUGCCCCUGCCCAUUUCCAAGGAGCGGGCGCUGCUGCCUGGAGACAUGGGCUGCCGCCUGCUGCCUGGGAGCCAGCAGAAGUCUGUCACUGUGGUGACCAUCCCUGCCGAACAGCAGCCUCUGCAAGGUGGGGCUCCCCAGGAGGCCGCAGAGGAGGAGCAGGACAGGCGGGGCGUGGUGAAAAGCUCCACCUGGUCGGGGGUGUGCACUGUCAUCUUGGUGGCCUGCGUCUUGGUCUUCCUCCUUGGCAUCGUGCUCCACAACAUGUCCUGCAUCUCUAAGCGCUUCACUGUGAUUUCCUGUGGCUGAAGACAGCUGCAGGGAAGUCUCUGGUGGGUGCCAACUUAGGGGUUGAGCAGGUUGGUGAUGAGAUCCCGGUGAGAAGAUGGGGGGGGGGAGCGACACUGACCAUUUGGUGCUGAGCUCUGGCCUCUUGGUUGCCUCUUGAUUUACCCCAAGACAGACACGAAGGGCAGAAGGUGAGGUCUCAACAAGAUACCAGGCGAAUUCUUCUGAGUGUUGAUGGCAACAGCUUUGAAGAUGAUUGCAUGCAUCCUCAUAAUCAUGUAUUCAAUGGACUGUAAUUUAUGAUUUUUGAAAAUCAUGUUAUGAGAUAGACAUAGUCUACUUAGACGUUAAAAUGCGCAAGUGCAUACAAUGUGAUCUUCUCUAAAUGCGGUAGAUUAAAACAAAGAUGCUGUGUAUACAAGUAGAGUUAAACCUGCGAAUCCGUGUAAACAUCCAGUGAAGACAUGCACUGCUGGCUUCUUUACUUUUUCUUUGUUGUUCUUUUUAUUGAAAUGCAGUCUUCAUCUAGUUGCUAAGGCUUUUUAUACAUUUUGAAUGGCACCAAAACAAAAUAAGUCACGAUGGACAGUCGUUGUUGUGGAGAAAAUAUUUGAACAAGUGUCUCCAAUGUGUUGUGUUUUGUCAUGAACCUUCAUUUUCUUCAUGUGUGAUUAGAGCUCGCUACGUGUUGAUGAAACUGAAAGCUCAACAGGGGAGCAAUAAACCGAGAAGUCGUGAGACAUGUCCAAUCCUGCGGGAACCCUGUACACUGAUUUUCCUCAAGCCAUCUCACAAAAUAAGGAUUUCAAAUGUAAAUAUUGUGUAUUUGUGUGUGUAUGUAUGUGUGUCUAAUUUGAUUUACCUCAGGUGUUUGAGUCUUUGCAGAAGAAUCCCAGGAUUAAGACUUCAUUGGGCAUGGGUGAGUCGAGCGUCUGAAGCGGUGGCCACUUCAUGGGCACCUGCACGCAGCGAGGAGUCUCCUACCCGUCACCUGCAGCGCUCACUCCUCCUCUGUGUAUUUGAGUCCUGCAUUUUGUCAGAGGCAAAUGGAGAGUAACAGAACAGUGUCUUUUCUCCCAGUUUUGGAAUCUUGCGCUGGUCAUGAAUGUUGUGACUGAUGGCCAACCCGGGCGGGCGUUUUAAUAGAUGGUCUGUGGUUCUUUUUUGAAAGAUGCUCUUCCACGAGAGUCAAACCAGUUAGAAUUCCAGUUUCCUCUUAUUGAAGUAAGAGAGAAGCUCUCCUGUAAUUUAACAUGUUUUUUACUGAGGAAAGUGGCAAGGUAAACUAACAGCUCAAAUUCCCAAAAUAAGUGGACCAGUUCUUCAUAUACUGUCAAAUAUUCUUAAAUGUGCAAUGGUCUCUACAUGCUCAUGAGGAAAGCUCUGCUAGAUGUAAGUGAUAAAUUCCUGUCCCUGGGUGCAUGUGCAUUCAGAAAUAGCUGUGAGCUUUACAGUUCCCAUCUAACUUAUUUUAUGGAAUUCAUGAAGCAAGUGGUAUGUGACAAGGACUCCACUUAUAAAUAUAACUUUUUAUGUUCCACUGAAUCCCUGAAAAUGGUGAGGAGGGUGGGGGGAAGUGAAGGAAAGACAGCAGGGCUAAUUCUAAAAAGCAAGGCUAGAAAACAGCCCUGUGAGGUCAAGAUAAUUUAAUUUAUUUACAUGCUACCUGUUACCUUCAAACAGCACAAAAUGUGCAUAUAAAAGUGAUGGAAUUAAUGUGAAAUAAAACAAAAAUAUAAUGACUAGAAUACGACGCUAAUACUGCUAAUUGGCAUGAGAAUUUAACAUAAAAUUAGGAGCUCUGAUUUUUCAAAUUUUUCAAAUUUAUCAUAAGACCUUUAGGAAAUGUAUUUGAAAGCUCAAAAUAGAAAGUAGGUUAAAAUGCCAUUUUAUUGUGUAAGCUCGUGGGCAUUAUACAACAAAUAAUCUAGGAUUUAUUUGGUAUUAAUAAUUUAGGCAUCAUAUUAGCUGAAUACUCUCCUCUAUUACAUAAUAUACUGUUGGGUUAGUGUCAAUUUCUCUAACUCUCCCAGGCUGCUGUAAUGCAUGUCUGACCUAAUUUCUGUUUCUCUUGGAGAAACACACACACACACACACACACACACGUAUAUACACCACAGAAAUGUUGCAUUAAGAAUGCUACAUUUCAAAUAGACUUUACCCUCGCAAUUUUAGGCUAUGCCAUAUUCAAAUUAAUUUUGUGAGUGAUAUCUGCAUAUGUUUCUGUACAGUUUGAAAUGACUGACCCUGUAGUGUAGUAUGUGAUAGAGUUCUACUUGUUAAAGUAGGUUAGAAAUAGACACUAAUGUGUGUGAUGAUAGCGUCCUGUGUUUCUUAGUGCAAAUCUGUAGAGUAAAAAUGUUCAUAGAACUUUUACUUAAAAACAGUCCCGUGCUAGAGCUGCCAUUAAGCAGUGCAAAAUUAUUUGGCAGUAUGGUAGAUUCCUGACCUCAAAUUUAACAACAGCAACCACAAUCAGAUUAUUAUUAUUUUUUCUUGCGAGUCUUAUUGACAUAAGAAACAUUGUUGAAAUUGUUUAAAUGGAUUCUGCCUGCAGUUAUUUGUGUACCUGUUUGUUAGGGUGUGCAUUCUUGUGUGUGUGUGUUUGUGUGUGUGUGUGUGCGUGUGCGUGUGCGUGUAUGAGAGCAUGGGGGAGGAGAGAGAGAGAGAGAGAGAGAGAGAGAGGUUUUAAUGUUACUUGGCAUCCUAUUGUUCUGGCCUCUUUUGGCAUUUACCAGUGACCCUUAACGAACACAUCUACCCAUGCGACCAAAGUCCACUGACACAAGAGGCCAGAAUUCUUACUUGCACAUCAAUGAACAGUCACAACUGGAGAGCACAGAAAGUUAGAGCUGAAAGCAGCAUCCGGUGGCUUCAUUUUGUAGAUGGGUCCAUUUUGUAAUUCUGCAGAAAAGGGGGGAUGUGAACUUUGCACUGCAGUGUCUUCUUGCUCUGCAUCCCAGGUCUAUCUCUAUCUGGCUAUGAUCCUUUCUAGGGUUGAUUAAUACCCUUUACUAAGUCAACUAUUGCUUUAAAGGAUAUUUUUUGUAGGUUUAUGUGCUCAUUUUAGUUAGCAUCUACCUCUGGGAAAACGAAAGGAGGGUUGACAUAGGGAUGAGUAUAGAUGUUGAAAGACAGCUAUCAAACCAUGUGGUUUGAAUUUUUAAAAUUGCAGAGCAUUGGUGUCCAAAUCUCCCACCCCACUUGUUUGUAAAGGACAGUGAGUGUUGUGUAAAUAGUAAACUCUAAGAAGCAUGAAUUUUUGUCUUUAUUAAUGAUCUUGACAUAAGCAAGAGAAUGCUUCAUUUGUUAAGUAGAGCCAAGAAUGCUACUAAAAAGCAUUGUCUUCGGAAACAUUUUGUAUAAUGACUUGGGGCAUAAGUUGUGAUGAAAAGGCAACUUGGUUCUCAGUUCCAGUCAUACUUAAGGAUCAGAAAGCUCUAAGAUAUUUUCUUUAAAAAUAGAAUUAUUUAAUUUUUUGCAUGACUUACAUAUUGGGACCUUGAAGGUGAAACCGGGUGAUGGUAUAACCCGUGAGAUCUUCUAGACUGGCACAGUUCUAUAGAAUUUUCUGUGGCAAUGGAAAUGCUCUGUAACCUGUGCUGCCUGGUACAGUGGCAACAAGCCACAUUGACUUUCAGGCAGUUAAAAUGAAGUUAGUACAAGGGAAGAAGUGGAUUUCAAAUUUUAUUUAACUGAAAUCUAAAUGUGACAAGUGGCUGCCAUAUUGAACAACACAGUUCUGGAUGAUUGUGCCUGGGGAUCUAGCAUCAAGGUGUUAAUGGAGUAACAGUGGGGUGGAGAAGAGAGUUUGUGUGCUAGGAACAUGUAGUUGGCAAAAGGCAAAAAAUUCUUCUCAGCUCAAAAAGUAUGUGAUCUCUAGUAUGACGGUAAAAAUUCAUUGUUGCCCUUUGGAACUGUUGCUGAUUGACUUUAGGCCAAGGAAUGAUCAGUGAAGCUUAAAGAGAGCUUUAUUAAGCCCCUUUUCUGGGAUCGUUAGCUGCAUGUGAACCUAUUGUCCAAAAAUAGUAGUUAGACAGUAGCUAUAAAACGUUUGACUUGCAAGCUAUGCAUGACCUAUACUGUGAAAUUGUGUUUAGGGUCUGUGGCCAAAAAGUAAAUGUUACAGGAAAAAAAAAAAAAAGCCUAAUGAAAUCCCUGUUCACUUCCAAUAUCUUAUCCAGACUUCAUUGCUGUAUCAGUAAGGUGCAAAUAUAAGAGCAAGCAUGGUUUGCAGUGGUCAGACUGUUUUUGUUUGCCCUUGAAGUCUGCCAGCUUGUCAUUGUAUUUGGUGUGGGCAUAUGUGGGCAUCAUUUUUCAGAUGCCAGACUAAAAUGUAGGUACUAUUUUUAGAGUGAGAUUUUGACAUUGUUUUAGUCUCUUUUUUAAACAAAAAUUUUAGUUAUCACUGAAAGAGUUGAAGAUUUGAAGCUUUGCACAAAGGCACUUUUUUUUUAACAGUAAAACAUAUUGCCCAUGAAAUGUAAAGACUUGAAGGUUACUGAAGCUACUAGAAUUAAUUUUUAGCUAAAUAAAAGGAAGCAGAAAAUUCAGUUUGAAAUAUAUUUUUUCUGUAAAUACCAGAUUCUUACUGAUAAUCUGGUAUUUAUUCCAGUCUAGAUUUUGAUUUGAAGAAUUCCCAUCCCUUUAUUUGAAAACUUAUAUUGCUUUCAAAAUUGGUUAGUCUGCUUUUCAUUGUUUUCCAAAUGGAAUAUAUACCAAAUGCAUUCACUUCAUUUUAGCAGAAAUAGUUUUGUUGUUGUUGUUGUUGUUUUUUUUUUUUGUAGAACUCAUCAAGACUUUUCUUCUUAGCCUGUCUUUAAAAAUCAUUUAAUUUUUUUUUUUGUCAAGAUAGUAGUCUUUCUUUAGACUUAAGAGGAAGAUUGAAGUCCAAAAGUUAUCGGUGCAAGAGGAAUAAUGCACAAAAGACUUCAGUUUCUAUCUUCACUCAGAAAAACGAUGCUGCCCACCAGUCAGCAUUUUGUUUCCACAUAAGAAGUGUCAGUUUGUCAUCCCUGACCUAGAUGGAGAAGCUGUUCCUUGAUGUUGCCAUCAUUCUCAGUAAAUUGUCACCUACAAGGUAAUCCUUACCAAAACGGAAACUAUCGAGAAGAAUAAGAUAGCCAAGGUUAUUCAGUAGCUGUUUUGAAAGUAGCAGUCUAUUUCAAAAGCAAAAACAAUGAUGUUCAGUUGCUGGAUUUUGUUCAACAUGAACCGCCCCCCCUUUUUUUUUGAGAUGAAGUUUCGCUCUCAUUGCCCAGGCUGGAGUGCAGGGGUGUGAUUGCCGCUCACUGCAACCUCUGCCUCCCAGGUUCAAGUAAUUCUCCUGCCUCAGCCUCCCAGGUAGCUGGGAUUAUAGGCAGCGCCACCAUGCUUGGCUAAUUUUGUAUUUUUGAUAGACACAGGGUUUCUCCAUGUUGGUCAGGCUGGUCUUGAACUCCUGACCUCAUGUGAUCUGCCUGCCUCAGUCUCUGAAAGUGUUGGGAUUACAGGCAUGAGCCACCGUGCCUGGCCGACAUGAAACACUUCUAAAAAAUAAGUGGAAAUUCAAGCCAUUGAUUUUUCUGACACAACUGACCACACACACGCAUACACACACACACCACAAUUUAGCUGUAAUUGACACACACACACACACACACACCACAAUUUAGCUGUAAUUGACACACACACACACAAAAUUUAGCUGUAAUUGACACACACACCCCACAAUUUAGCUGUAACUGACACACACACACACACCACAAGUUAGCUGUAAUUGGCACACACACACAAUUUAGCUGUAAUUGGAGUUAAAAAUCAAGUUAAAAAAUAUUGUUAGUCCUGUUUUCCAAUUUGUGAGUUAUACGAUAUUGGAUUAGAUGUUAAUUUCUUAACUGGUUGCUAUGGGCUGCAUACAUUAUGUCAAACUACCUUUGAGAGUGUCUAUAUAAACACAUGAAACUUUUCAAAUGUAUGAGGAGGUAGGUUCUACUGUAUACAUUUUAUUGGAAAGCCAUUGAUUGUUGAAGAACGUAAGCAGGUGGGGCAUUUAAUUUCUUCCAAAUACCUUAUUUUUUGGAUCGGUUUAAGUGAUUGGGGUGAGUGCACCAUUAUUCUUGAACCCCUGAAAUGUGGUUCCCAUUUUUCUGCACAAAUUUUCUUAGUAAAGCCAACAAUUUUUUUUUUCCAGGAUUCACUGCCUGGGAUAUCCCACUAUAUACAUGUCACCUAUGAUGUAGUGGUGCUUGAAACACUCAUCUCAUUAGCUAGAUUUUAUUCUAAUCUAAGGUUUUUGAUAUUUUUCAUACUAUGAUAUUUUUAGGGACAAUCAGUAAUAUUUGCGGCAGAGCACUGAGGGACCUCUCGAAGUCUGCAGCAGCAUGCAUUUUCUUUGUUUUUGUAGGGGAGGCUUCCCUUUUGCUGUCUGUGUUCUAGAACACUGCUCUCAAUUCAUUGCCAUGGGAUGUAGAGCUGGUAGCCCAUGUGAAAGUCUUCUGUAAUCUCCUUGGGGUGUGAGUUAUUGGGUUAUUCUAACAGGAGUUUUCCAAAGGGAUGGUCCAUUUUUAAUUCAACAUUUGCUUUUUGAAAAUCUAGAAGUAGACAGUUGGAUAUAAUGGUGGUGGAAGAGCUUGGGCUGUAAGCAGAAGGAAAUAAAUAUGACAAAUGCCUCUUAAAGGGGAUCUAGUUAAUACCUCUGUUACCUGUUUUUCAAUAGUGGGAGGCCGCAGUAGCUGGUACCUUACACUGUGCCUCAGGAAAAUCCUAUGAAGAUUUCAUUUACAAAUCCUCUUAGGAUUUUCUGGGUUGAGGGACAACUCAACUAUUAAGUCGAGGGAGAGGGAGAAAUGAAGCAUUAGGUCUACAUCAAUGGACAGGCAGAUAAACCCAGAGAGAGAAAAUACUUAAUAAAGGAAGAGAGUAUAGCUGCAAAACAAGACAUAUAGGAGCUGAAGGCCAGACAUGGCAGAAACCAGCUGGAGAAAGAAGCGCAGGGCACCUAGGACAACUUAGUCAAGCACAAUCUGUCAUUCCAGUAUGGACUACCAAGUUCAAUUCAGGAUGCUUAAGACACAUGGGGCAAUAUGUUCAGCUGAUGAGGACCCAAAGAGGCCCCAUUUUCCCCAUCACCCUAUGCUAUGCUCAUGGCUUGGAUUGUUAGCACACUAGGCAAUUUCAGAGCCUGCUCAGGAGUUGGUGGCCACUUUGGUGCAGACAACCAACCCUAAGACUCUAGAAUCCUCUUAACCAUGGAAGGCAAUGCCUAUUCCUGUGGAUCUAUCCUGACUUGAGUAUGUCAGUACUGUCGGGAAAAUGAGUUCAAGAAUAUUUCAGUUUAUAAAUCCUGGUUGCUGUCAUAUAGGUUUUCAUUCCACCACUCACUUGUGUUUGCCUCACUCCAUAGUCAUAGGUGUGGAAGCUGGUUUCAGCUUGGGGCUGUAACAAACUCCCAUCAUAAGCCAUGUAGCUGCGGCCCAGGGUUCCUUCCAUCUACAGCUUCAGUGGUGGGUUCCCUGGCCCUCUUGAUAACAAAAACUCCAGUCUAAUGGCUAGAUUAAUGCUGCUCAGAGGCUAUUAACUCAAAUCCUUGACGUGUUUCAUUUACAAUUAUGUGGAUUAUUUAUUUUAGGAGUUUUUUUUUUUUUUAAGGGCCAAAUAGCCCUACAGAUAAAUGAGCUGCUGGGCUGUGUAGAAAAUAUUGUUCAAAUGUUGCCAAAUAUUGACUUCGUAAGGGGGAUAUCAAGCUGCUGUUUAUAAAUCUGAAUGUCUUAAAAGCAUUCUUGCUUGCUCUCUCUGUUAUAGAUGGUGUCUUAGCAGUCCUGAGUUUUCCAAUGAACCCCAUUUUAAUAUAUGGUAUUUUUGUAUGCCAAACUGGUGUCUCGUCCUUUGUAUAUGUGGUAAUGUUGAUUUUAUGACUACUGUUAAAACACAUUUGCUAUGAUUAAAAUUCAUAAAAAUGA